GUCUAUUUGCAAUAAUAUAAGUCUGUGUUCGAAUUUAGAAAACACGUGUUUCAUUUGAAAGAUAUUUUAACCUAACUGUACAAAUGUCAAGUAGAUAAAUUUGGUAAAAAACUGUCUCGCUUAUAAAAAAAAUGGGGCAAAUUGAAGAAGAAUUACCAGGGUUUGGUCUUCCUAUAAAAAAUGAAGAAGAUGAUGAACCAAUGCCAAAAGCGCAUAAAAAAGGUAAAGGAGGUGGUUUCCAAUCAAUGGGAUUAAGUUAUCCAGUUUUGAAAGGCAUAACUAAACGUGGGUAUAAAGUACCUACACCUAUUCAAAGAAAGACAAUUCCAAUAGCAUUAGAAGGUCGAGAUGUUGUUGCUAUGGCUAGAACUGGUAGUGGAAAAACAGCAUGUUUUUUGGUUCCCCUUUUUGAAAAAUUAAAAGAGCGUACAGGAAAAGCGGGUGCUCGGGCUCUAAUUCUUUCACCAACCAGAGAAUUAGCAUUACAAACUUUAAAGUUUGUUAAAGAAGUCGGUCGUUUUACGGGUCUUCGAUCUGCUGUAAUUCUUGGUGGUGAUUCCAUGGAUAAUCAAUUUAGUGCAAUUCAUGGUAGUCCAGACAUUAUUGUUGCAACACCGGGUCGUUUUUUGCAUAUUUGUAUUGAAAUGGACCUUAAAUUAAAUAGUAUUGAGUAUAUUGUUUUUGAUGAAGCUGAUCGAUUAUUUGAAAUGGGAUUUGGUGAACAAUUAAACGAAAUUGUUAAUCGUUUACCAGAAAAUCGUCAAACAUUAUUAUUCUCUGCAACGCUGCCUAAAGUUUUGGUUGAAUUUGCAAAGGCUGGUUUAAGUGAUCCGGUUUUAAUACGUUUAGAUGUUGAAUCAAAACUACCAAAUGAGCUAACUUUAACAAAUAUCACAUGUCGACCAGAAGAAAAAUUGUCUGUUUUAUUGGUUUUAUUAAAAACUAUCAUUCCUUCCGAUCAACAAACAGUAGUUUUUGCUGCGACGCGACAUCAUGUGGAGUAUUUACACAUGGUAUUGGAUACUGCUGGAAUAACAAAUACGUACAUCUAUUCAAAUUUGGAUCCAUCAGCUCGUAAAAUAAAUGCUGCGAAAUUUAGCACAGGAAAAGUGAAAGUUUUAGUGGUUACAGAUGUUGCUGCUCGUGGUAUUGAUAUUCCACAGUUGGAUAAUGUUAUUAAUUAUAACUUUCCAGCAAAAUCAAAAUUGUUUGUCCAUCGUGUCGGAAGAUGUGCUCGAGCUGGUCGUACCGGAACAGCAUUUUCAAUAAUAUCACCUGAAGAAUAUCCACAUUUAUUAGAUUUAUAUUUAUUUCUGGGUAAUCCAUUACAAAUUAUACCACCAUCUGGAUCAAGUAGCAAAAUAAAAGAGGAAAUAACUAAUUCUACUCAAGCUGUUGGAAGUGUUCCACAAGAUUUAAUUGAAGAACAGCAUACAGCUUUAAUGACUUGGCAUGCAAAUUCUACUGACUUGGAAAUGAUGGUUGGAGUUUGCAAUAAUGGAUAUGAAAAGUAUUUAAAAUCUCGACCAGCCGCAUCAGCUGAUAGUAAUCGACGAGUGAAGGACUUAAAAAUAAAUUUAUGUGGACUUCAUCCAAUUUUCAAACCAUAUUCAAACAAUUCGGAUGAAAUUCGCCAAUCAUUGUUGUACAAAAUGAAAGAAUAUCGUCCACAAGGGACAAUUUUUGAAAUUUGCAGUAAAAAUAAAAGUAACGACUACGUUGCAAUGAAAACAAAACGCGCUUUUCAUAAGAGCAACAUUAUCCAGCAUCAUAAACGUUUAGAAAGCAUAAAAGAACAAGCAACAAGUAAUAUAAAUACAUCAUCUUCAGAGCAAAAACUACCUGAAAGUAAUACUGAUGAUAUAAAUGAUACGUUUAAACAAGUGAUUGUACCGAAAAAACGUAAAUUAGAUCAAUUAUAUAAACCGAAACGGAAAAAACAAAGGGUGACGAAAGACGAAGAUAAUUAUAUACCAUAUAUGCCAUCGGAUAGACAUACAGAAGAUGGACUUGCAGUUAAUAAUUUCGUACUUGAUGCUGAUCGCAUGCAACUUGAUUUAACAGCUGAUUCAGAAGAACAAUUGCGUUUGAAUAAUCAAAUGAAAAAAUGGGAUCGUAAGAAAAUGAAAAUGGUUGGAGUACAAAAGGAUAAAAAAGGUAAAAUUCGAACUGAAUCUGGUGUUUGGAUCUCAGCCACAUACAAAAGUGACAGAUACGAGCAAUGGAAAGAGAAAAGUAAAGUCGAUGCUGACGAAGAUGAUGAUAAUGGAAGUGAUAAUGAAGAUAACAAGAAUACAUCAAUUAAUAGAUUUAAAGCACCAAUAUACACGCAUUGGGCACGACAUAAUGAAAAUGUUAAAGAAAAACAAAAACGAAGUGAAUUAAAGAACCCCGACCAGAUAUUAAAACAACGUAUUAUUGCUGAAAAGAAAAAGAAAAGACAACAGAAACAACACAAGGGAAAAAAGAAGGGUGGAAGGAAGAAGUAA